ACAAGAGUGAUGCACCACCCAUCAUAAUAAUGCCUUUCUCCCUCAAAACACACAUCAGUUGAGACAAAGUUAUCAAGGUGUGCAUGAUGUGUUAUUAGUUCACAUAGCAACAGUCAAAUAUCAAGAAAUUUCCUUUAGUUGGACCGAAGCUGGUUAAAGAUCCACAACUUCAAAAUGGAAACAGACGAUCCUGAAGCAGAGCGUGAGCCUCUGAAGUUUGACAUCAAACCAGAUGGCCUUCCGCCAGAAAUGGGAGAUAUGUUAAAGAAGAUUAAGGAGGUCGCUGAAAUGAUGCUGUACCAUUGGAGGAGUUUCCCAAUCACUCUUCCCCCGUCAGUCGUCCAGGCGAGACAAGUUGCUGGUGAUAGAGAAUUGAACGAUAGGCUUACCUUCUCCGACCUGUUCGUGGCUCCCAACUUUGACGAGUUGGAGGAGGUUGCCAUGGAUGCAAAUGGGGAACCGAAAAAGCUGAGCGAAAAACAGCUGGAAGAUGUCAAAACAUACGGGGAAUUUGAGGUGGACAGCAUCAACUUCCCCGGCCAGAUUCACAAGUGGCGCUUAACAAUGCUGUUACAGAAAGGGACGGACAGGUCCCGAGAUUCAUUACUCCAUGACACUGCCAAAGCUUUGAGAUUGUCUAUCAUCACAGCCAGGAACCGCUUUUACUCACAUUUCUUCAGUCUUUCACAGUCACUCAGAGGCAUUCUAGACAGCUUCUAUUUACUCCUAGAUAUCUUGCUCGGUAUGCCGUCAACUACACCCGGUGAUAUUGGUACUAAAAUCAGAGAAGAGCACACGAAACAUCUCAUUGCAGAAAUGGAUAUCAAGUCGAACUGCAAGAAGGAGUUCAGCAACUUCUGUGAAUAUGUGCGUGAGAAGAGCAAACAACUGGAAGCCGAAAAACACAAGACGAUUGAUCUUCGACCGCCGCUGGUACCUUACAAUUACCAGACGCCCCAAGGGCAGGAGAUCGACCUUCGACUUUUCAACAAUGAUCUGAUGAAAAAGUCACACAACCUUCUGAAAGAGAUUCUUGAACGUGAAGCCAAGGGCUGGUAUGUUCAGUAUAAGGAGCAGAUUCUUCAAGAUUUGAGAGGCAAGAAUUUGUCGCAAGAUGAGAUUUCGCUGCAGGUGAAUAACGCCAUCAUGGAGGAGUACCUGAGGAGAGUUUAUAGUGCAAUAUUGAGUAGUGAGGAUGUGGAGAACCUGUCUCCUGGAUUGGGCCUACUACUCGUGCAGCAGGCCAAAGCUGUACUCAUAAUGACCAAGGCUGCUGAAAAUGUCAAAAUCAAAAUCGUGAAACACAAGGAAGAAUUGAAGACACACCUUCAGAAGACAUACCCUGUUCGUUCAAGGAUCCGAGCGUGGGUCAAUGAGAAACUCAAUGAAUUCGAGAAAGAGUUCAUUUCUCAGAACCAGUUCUCAGUACACGAGGAGUCCAUUCAGAAAUGUCGAGAGGCUGGCUUGGAACAAUCAGUCUAUUUCCUGCAGAGGGAUUUGAAUUUUAUGAAGGAGAGAGAACCAUUCCUGAGGAAAGAACUCCUGAAGAUCCGGUACCCAACCCGAGAGUACUAUUUCCACACCCGCACCUGGCUGCCGAGGAACUGGGUCGUAAAGCGCCAUCUACAUGGAGAAUCUGAGGUUAUUCCUACCGUUAUUGUUGAAACCCCGACUGCCAUCACUGCUCCACGAUCUGGCCCCAACCAGGAGAAUAACGGGGGUGAAGAAUAUUCAACGAUUCCAUCGCCAACUGGCGCGGGGAACUAUGAGCCAGUAUUAACUAACCCUAAUGUCUUGAAUGACACAGUGCCGACAUUCUCAGUACACAAGCACAUUGAUAGGAAGACAACAAGUCGCUACCCUUUCUGGAGGUGGAUGAACUACAUGCACAGGACGUGGUCCUGGACUUGGAAUGCAAUGUUCUGGCUCGGGCUUGUUAUUCCUUGGUGCAGCCCUGUCAGUCUUCGUGCACUGUUCUUCGUGGAGCCAUUCAUGCCAGAUCUGGAGCUGAGCCAAGUCAAUGGUACACUAUGUCCGAAGCCAGCAUCCAAGACGCAUACCCUUGUUUCGCGGCUGAGGUCAUUGUGGCGGCAUGUUCGAGCAUCGAGAGCACAUUUUGAAAGUGAGCCAGAUACAGGUUUUCUUGGAAAACAUUUUACUCGCCACUGCAACCGCAUUUGGAACUUCGUGUUCAAGGGUGCCUUUGGUAGUUUUGGACUUGUCUUGUGCUUCCCCCUGGUGUGCAUUGUGUCAUCGCUGUUGUCAAUGAUAGCGGCUCUUACAACACCUUUAUGGAUGCCGUUCAUCACGCUAUUGGUCCACCUGGCUGCAGUCCUCUUCUUUGACUUUGACAAUCCCAGGCUUGAAAAUAACAACAUCAUCCUGAUUGGUGAGGCCAUCUUUUGGAGGUUUAUUUUCCUAGGAAUCUUGCAGCCUAUAGGAGCGUUACUAGGAGGGCUGAUCUGCUGCCCCAUAGCAUCGGUCUUCAUGCUGUUUGGUGGUGUCCUCCGAUACGGCUUUCGUAGGAUCUGGGAUGUGUUCAUGUUCCACGCAGUCAUCAAGAGAUUGGCCCGCAUUCCCUCGAGUGAUUCGUUUGUGGCUCGCAGGGUAGAAGGACCAGGACUUGCAUCAAACUUCUUCUAUCAGAUUCAAUCAGAGCAAGCUCUAGCUGCAGUAGAAGCCAAGAUGGAGCAGCAGGAGCUACAAGCCUGGGGAGAGAACGUGCGCAAACAGAUUGAGAAGCCUGUCGAUGCUUAUCGAGAUUUUGCCGAAAAGGGCUUCAAACCUUUCUCGGCGAAGCUGUCCCAGACGGGAGUCUUUGACAGACUCAUGCAGGAGACCUGGACACUCACCAAUGAAUUGGAUCAGAAGAUCGCAAAACAUAGGGAGUGUUUGAACCUGGGACUCCUGCCAUCUGUGAAAACCAAAGUGAAGUUAUCAACCAGAGAUAUAAAGCUCACCAUUGCUCAAGCUAUGAAACUAGUGCAGGACUUCUAUCCGACACAUGUGAUAGCCAGAUUACCAAUGGGUGAGGAAGCAUUUUGGGAACAUAAGGAAUUGGAGUUCAGAGAUUGGAAGGGCCUGACUUGCCAGAUCUUCAGUGAGAUUUUCUCACCCACGUUCUUGACACCUUUAGAAGAAAUAGACAAGACUUUUAGAUUGGAGGUACAGCAUUUGAAUCUUAGUCGAUAUGUACACAUGCUGAAGUCACUGGAGCUAAGGGACGAUCUGGACGUCAUCAACGCUAUACACACACCAAAAGGAGAACUGGAUAUCAUGAGUCCAUUCCUCGAGGCAUCGGUAUUCGAUCCGAGGCGGCAUUCACAGGACUAUUCAGAGGUGAUCCGACGUUCAAAGAGGAAAUGGCCGUGGAAGAAACCGCUUCCCUCCCAUGAGGACCUGCAGAAGUUGGAGGUACCGCCCCCGGUUCCUCACCCAGUUAUGAUCACCAUAUUCAUUUACAAUAGGCAAAAUGAUCAGCAACAAAUUCGGACAGACGACUCUGUCAUUUUCACUCGGAUCAUGCGAGCGGCAAAGAAGACACCCUACACACACCACUCCAGUGUGGGCAGUGCCAGUGAUGACUACACCGUGGACCCUGACGACAUUGAAACCAGCACUCCGGAUCACACGACGACAUCAGACCCGGACAUCCCAGCGUCGCAUCUCGCGAUCCAAGAGAGGGCGUUCUCUGACGAUAACGUAAGGGUCAAUAUAGAGUCUUCAGAUAGUAGAUCAGAUGUCGUUUCAGAAACGCGCCGCAGUUCUGAAAAUCGGCGGCGAAGUUCCGAGGGUGUUUCAUUUGCCAUUACCGGCAGACCUGACAAUAGUUGUGCAAUACCAAUAGAACAGUCCCCGGAUGAUGAUGCCACAUAGCCAAAAGUUGAGUUCAAAAAGUUUUAAUGAACACUGAAUCUGUGCCAUCGCUUUUUUAGCUGUACAUGUAUCAUCCUGUUCAAAGCCACGAGGAUCAUGGGACAGGCCCGAGUUUUUUUUCGAGAAUUGGUGAAGAAGCCCAACAAUGCAUGUCACAAAUUUCUGUGCAUUUAGUGUGAGAGAUUGCUGGCUGUUCAAACAUAUCUGUUGAAAAUUGAGAUCAUGUUUAUGUUUCAUGACAUGAUGAUUCUUGCUACCUGUAGUGGUUAUUUGCUGGUGUCACAUUUGACCAGAUUUCAAGGAGUCAGCCGUGUCUGGCCGUCAUCGCCUUAGUGUUGUCCCUGUGUUGAACUGUGUCGUCAUUGAGAAUUUGGCGUCAGGGUGACAUCACAUGAAGUGUGUGAUCACAUGAAGAACCUCUUUGAUGUUUACAGCAGGAACACCCCCUUUUUUGUUCUGUGGACAACGUUUUUUUACCAAAUGAUACCAAAAAGCGUAUUUCAGUCAAAACUUCUCCAUUUCCCUUUGGCAGUUGAAGUGCUUUAUUCUUUCAGCUAAAAGAGGUCUGUUGUUCAGGGGUGGAAAUAUCUUUAUAGUUCUGAGCUCCCUCUAGGGCAAGUACUGAAAGUCGUUGUCCUGUCAACCUAAUUAUUGUAAGACACUUUCACCAUCCCAGUGAAACCUUACAGAACCCUCAUAUCACAGUCAAUCACUCACUCUAUUUAUGUUCAAUUUUCCUGAGGAUGGUUUGCCUACAGUUUGAUGUGAGUAAUUAAAUUUUGAAUUCGUGCGCCCAGUUCAUGAAUUGAUCAGUGUGUUGAACUUACGACUAGGGAAGCUCGGUGGUUAGAUUCAACUACGUGAUUGAAGACUUCUGACUGGGAGGCUGCAGCUGUUAAUAAAUGGAGCUUGCAUCAAUGUUCUAGCAAUUCAAAAAGGUUACUGAUGUUGGAAGCAGUAUCUCUCUUGAAGAGGUCUGGAAUGCUCUGGAAGCUUGCAAUGAACAGGAUUCUUGUUAUAUGACAGGGAAGAAGUGUCCAUGAACCAUCUUCUUUGUUGAUCAGGGUGGUCAAACCCAAUAGACCAGGAAAAUGUCCACCCUCAAUAAAGCUACAUGUAUAUCUCGUCCACAUUUAUAGUAUGUGCACCUGCUCUCCCUUAUAACAGAUAGUCAAUGGCCUCUUCCUCCCUGGAAUACACCCAGUUGAGUUGCCCAUUGGCUACAGGUCGUUCUUGUGACUUUAAAAGGGGACUUCUUAAAGCUGGCAUAAUAUUUCAAUAGUUGGUCAAUUCCUCUGGAUGUAGCUUACAUUUGUACUAGUCUUGCUUGAAGAAGUUUUUGACUAUUGGCCUUAGAAUCUCAAAAUCAGUACUGAGAAGUCUCCCUUUAAAGAUAUCCAUGGAAAUUUAAGCAUUCAGCUUCAGUCAAGAGCCUGAACAAUAACUUAUUACUUCGAAAUUUUUUGAUCUGAAGCAAUGCAUUGUGCAAGACAAGUUUUUUCAUUGCCGUGUUAUUUCAUCUUGCGGAUAUGUACGGGAAAAUGUAUAUGUAAAUCAUAUAGACCUGUGAAAUCUCUAAUGUGCUUGCCAGCAUUGAAAACUCGUGUUUACCAGUGCUUGUAUAAAGGUGGAUCAGUGCAUGGUUUCUUGCAGCUGUGUUUUGGGUACGCAUACAGCUACAGAGUGUAAAAUGGUUUCUAGGAGCUGUGUUUUUGUUACGCAUACAGAGCUACAGAGUGUAAAAUGUACAUGUGGCUUGAGGGUUUUUAUUUUUUUACCAGCUUUAAUGUGCUUUUAUUGUAGCAUUGAAGGGCACAGGCCUGCUGCAUGAUGAGUUGAGAUAGCUUUCAUGUACCGCUGCAGGCACAUCACUACACGUCAUUAUCAAAUAAGAGGCAUUAUCUUUUCGUUUUCAGUCCUGCUCAAUAUUUAUUAUUUAUGCUAGCGUGUUUGUGAUUCGUUGAAGCAACCUUCAUAUUUUGCCUCUUAUUCUAUGAACAAUCAUGUAUUCAUAUCAGACGUAUUGACAAAUGAUAAGACAUCAUUAUUGUGCUUGUGUCAUUUAAUUACUAAUGUGGUAUGAUAUAAAAUGGUGCAAGUUUGGUGCUUUACCCCUUGUCUGGCAAGACAAAAUGGGCACCCAACCUUUGAAGAAAUAUUAGCUUUCAACAGUUCCAGCUAUAUUAAGGGUGAACAAAGUACUCGCUGGUUCAACAACAUGGACCGAUGGGAGUGUGAUGUGUAAUUAACUUCUGAAAGAGCUCCGACUAUUUAGUUGCAGUGAGGACAUGUAAAGAUCAUGUUUUUGGGCUUGAAGCGUGCAAUUACAUUUGUGCCGUUUGCCCUCAAAGAUUAAUGCAUUUACUCGUACAUUUUAUGUAAAAAAUGCAUUUGAAGAAUUCUUAAGGACUGUUGAUGUGGGUAUAUUUAAAUAGUGCAUAAUAUGAUAUGCUAUCAGUGUUCUUCACCUUAAAAUAUGAUGAACUGGUGGUGGUAUAAUAUAACAGGCUCUCAAACACUCAGCUUGUACCUCCCUUUUCGGGCAUAUUCUCAUGUGUUCGCACCUGUGACCCCCUCUUGCCUUCACCUAUGGUUUUCUUCUUGUUCUCAUAUUAACAACUGACAUUUGUUCUGUAGACCUUCAACUUCAAGUAUAAUCUGGGCUUAGCUUGGUGUACGAGCAUGGAAUUUCAAUACAGUACAUCAAUCAUAAAUGUAAUCAGAGAUUUCCCUUUUCAGACCAUCUAUAAAUCUUACACUAUUAUCAUUCGAUUGCAGAUCACGCUUCUAUGUGUCGAAUUGCCCUUUGAUUGAAGGAAUAAAAGUAUAACAACAAUUUCAUUGGCCUGUUUGCACUGUAGCCCAGGCAUGCUAGGCCUACACCAAAUCACUUCCAUGGCUAGGCCUUGGUCUGUAGACUUUAUAACUUAUUUGAUUUGAUUUAAUUUCCAACGAAGUGGUCUGUGUUGACUGGCGAGGAGGCGAAGAUGAAUGCAUCAGUGCUGCUGAAGUUGUAAAGUUAGCGUGGCCAGUUUGUCAGUGACGACAAAUCGAGUGCCAGUAUGUUUCUCUUAUGCAGUGGUCUGAAUCUGCAUUGUUCUUGUGAAUUCUAUGAGGAAUGGUAUUAAUGAUCACAUGUUCAAAUAAAUCAUUAUCAUCUUUUGAAUAUCAUUUAAAACAGGGAGGGGGUGAAAUUAUCAUCUGUACUAUCGAUCUGUCUUUUGUUGUUGGUAGAAGCUGAAAGCAUUCGUUGUCUUGUUUGUGCAAGCAGUUCUUUCGGUUGGAAUGGAAUUUGUCAUUGCCUUUGCAUGUGAUAGAGUUAGUUUUGAUUCACACACUGGUAGACCAAGGCACUUAGAUUGACAUGUAGGGGGGGGGGGAGUAGUUGUCAGUGAUUCUUCAUUAUAAAUCUCAAUUGCGAUAGCAGUGUUUAAAAAACAGCUGACUUGAAUUUUGUAUAAUUUGUGUUCGUUUCAUUUUUUGUGUGAAACAGAAGAUUGCAUUUGUAAAUUACGUUCUUUUAUCUGUACAUAUUCACCAUGAAGCAUUUAUUGAAGAACCUAAAUUAAUGACAAUGUUUUAAUGGAAUUGUAAUGUCCUGUUACAUCACUGUCUCGUCUCUUAGUUAGGGAUAUUCGUCAAUGUGAGUUUGUGAUACAUUUUUUGUCACGUGAACAUCUUGGUUCACGUUAGAUGCAGCAUGAUUCAGCCAUUCACAUAAAAAAUGACUAGAAAAUGCCAGACUUGCACUUUGCUGUAAAGCAUACUGCUGCAGUUUUAGCUGGAACACCUGUGCAGAUGUUAUGCUUUCUUGAAACUGCAUGCAAAUUGAUACUAGACACUUCUUUUAAGUAUUGUUUGGGUUUAUUAACUGUGUAGACGAUUUAGUCGGUUGAGUGGCACCUGUACAAAAGGUCUGUUUUACAUGUAUAGGCCACGUGAAACAGACACACCAAAACUGGCUAAAUAGCGUCUAGAUAAGAUACUAAUAUGCUGAUGGUCCAGGGUUAGUUUGUUCACAUCCCGAUCUGCCAUAGCUUGGUAAAAAAUCGUAAGUUUCCGGCAGCAAUGUGAGCACCAGUAUAUCUUAUGCAAUCGAGUCAGUAAUAGGUGUUUCAGAAGCCCAGUUACAUAUACCCUGUAGUGCAUCCCUGUGCGGUUUGUAUCACCUUAGAGUAACCAGACUAGUCUGGCUACUUGAAUCCAAAUUCCCCCGAGCUGUAAAGCAGUAGGAUAUUUUUAUUGCAGCAACCUGCAAUGAUUAUUGCAUUCAACAAAUAUCUCCAGUUAGUGGUGGUCGUGGUUAAUGCUUAGACUACAAGGUUGAUCAAACCUAGCAAUGAUAGUUUUACCAGCAGACAAGUGACAUUUUCAUUGCUCAUCACAACAACAACAACUAUCGCAGUUCACUACAACAAAAAUCUCCCAUUUGUUGGUGCUUUAUAGCUCUAUAUCGGCCUUCUGUAUUUAAUAAAAAAAUGAAUUGUAAAGAAUUGACUAGUCCAGGUGACAUCUUCAUUCUUAUUGAAACACCCUGUGUAAUUUGUCAAGAUUACCACAGUAUGCACAUCCCAAAUCCUCACGCUGUCCUAAUAUCAGUCGCGAAGCAUCAAUGGCUUAUCUCUGUUAAACAGGCACCACUAUUUUGGCUGGAACUUGAAAUCUGAAAGCAAUUAGAAUUCCUUCAAAAUGAAUUGAAUUCGCAUUUAAAACAUAGGAGGCUGUUCUCUGGACUACAAAGAACAGACUCCAACUUUUGAAAUUGGCAUUGCCUUUGUUUUAAAGGACUUCUAAUUGCUUUUUUUGGAUUACAAGUUCUGGCCAAAAUGGUUGGGCCUUAACUUGAUAAUUUUGUCAGAAGUUAGGUGCAUACAUACUGGAUACAUGUGUAUGAUACUCUGAUUCUUAUGUGCUACUGUGCUUUAAUAACCAUUGGUCUGACAAGUAUUGCCAAACAUUAUAUACUCUGUAUCAUUUGGAGACAAACAAGGUUGGAAAUUAUCAUUUACGUUGAGUUGGCGUUCCUCAUGUGAGCUGACUGCUUUCAAAGGCAACUGCUUUCCUACCAUGUUGGUGUUUGAACUAAGACCACUCCGGUUUAAUACCUUGGAUAGCAGGCUCGCUGUCUUACCUUCCUCCCUGAUGUGGAAAUAAAUGUGUUAUGUGUAUUUUCAUAACACCAACCGACCAAAAUGUCAUCAGUCCUGUUUAUAAUAGUGAUGAGGUGUCAAUCUGUAAAAUAACCGGCUGGAAGAGUGAAGAAAAUGGGAACGGGAAAAGGUCCCAAGUCCAUUCGCACCUGUUUAUAAUAGUGACAAGUUCAGGUGUGUUGACACUUGUUGGUUACAAUAUGUUGUAUCUGAUAAUCUUAUGAGUUUUUUUAUUUUCAUUUUCCCUUCCUCACACAAAGUAAAGACUGCUUCUCACCUGCUGUCCAAGGCAUUAGACUGGUGUCCAGUGGCAUAAUGUUGUAUAGUUUCAAGUGAAUGUGCAGAAAGUGGUUAAUUAGUCUUUAGUGGAUUGUGUUUGUAAACAACUCAUCAUGGAAUGAAUACUAAAUAUAUAUAUUGUAAUGAUUAAUAUUUAUUCUUGCUUUUGUAGAAUCAAUCAAAAUCUGCAAAUAAAAGUUU